GUCCCGAGUGAGGGGCAGCCGGCCGCUGGUCCCCUCGGACCGGCCUUUGCAGGGUAGCCUGGCUGCGGGGCUCCCAGCGGCUCCAGGAAGACUGAGCUCGCCAGCGUCCUGCAGAGAUCUGCUGGCGCCUCUGGCCCAGGCCCGGACGCCUGGACAGGUUGCGGACAGCGCGGGUGGCUGCUGGCCCUCAGUUCCUGAUCCGCCUGCCUUUGAGCCCACAUUUCAAAGGCAUUUCUGCUCCUGAGAGCUCUGCACUCCUCCCAGCAUGAGCCUGGAGGGCUGUGGAGGGGGCCUGGCACCCCUGGCAUGCCACUGCAGCUGAACUUUGAGAACAUAGCUGUGGUCAGCUGUCCCAGGGUUCCAGAAUGGGGGGCGUAGCCCCAGAGAGGCCUAAGGGUGCCCCAUGAGGACCGCACACCCUGAAAGAGUGGAGGCUGAGGAGCCCGGGGCCAUGCCUCCACUGCUGCUGACGCAGGACCCCGGGCAGCAGCGCGGGGUCUCCCUGCUGGUGCGCUAUUUCAUGAUCCCCUGCAACGUCUGCCUGAUCCUGCUGGCCACGUCCACGCUGGGCUUCGCUGUGCUGCUCUUCCUCAACAAUUACAAACCUGGGACUCACUUCACACCAGCACCCCCGACACCUCCAGAUGCUUGCCGAGGAAUGCUGUGUGGCUUUGGCGCCGUGUGUGAGCCCAGUGCCCACGGCCCAGGCCGAGCCGCCUGCGUGUGCAGGAAGCGUGCCUGCCCUCGCGUGGUGGCGCCAGUGUGCGGCUCUGACGCCUCCACCUACAGCAACGAGUGUGAGCUGCAGCGGGCACAGUGCAGCCAGCAGCGGCGCAUACGCCUGCUCAGCCGUGGGCCCUGUGGAUCCCGGGACCCCUGCUCCAAUGUGACCUGCAGCUUUGGCAGCACCUGUGCGCCCUCGGCCGACGGACAGACAGCCACGUGCCUGUGUCCUGCAACCUGCCGGGAUGCCCCGCAGGGCCCAGUGUGCGGCAGUGACGGCGCCGACUAUCCCAGCGAGUGCCAGCUCCUGCGUCGUGCCUGUGCCCGCCAGGAGAACAUCUUCAAGAAGUUCGAUGGCCCUUGUGAUCCCUGCCAAGGCGCCCUCAGCGACCCCAGUCGCCUCUGCCGCGUGAACCCACGCACUCGGCGCCCAGAGAUGCUCCUUAGGCCAGAGAGCUGCGCUGCCCGGCGGGCGCCAGUGUGUGGGGACGAUGGUGUCACCUACGACAACGACUGUAUCAUGGGACGCACGGGGGCUGCCCGCGGCCUGCUCCUCCAGAAAGUGCGCUCUGGCCAGUGCCAGCCUAGAGACCAGUGCCCAGACCAGUGCAGGUUCAAUGCCGUGUGCCUGUCCCGCCGAGGCCGCCCCCGCUGCUCCUGUGACCGCAUCACCUGUGACGGGGCCUACAGACCCGUGUGUGCCCACGAUGGGCACACAUACGACAAUGACUGCUGGCGCCAGCAGGCCGAGUGUCAGCAGCAGCGUGCCAUCCCUGCCAAGCACCAGGGCCCGUGUGACCAGCCCCGGUCCCCCUGCCUUGGGGUGCAGUGCCCGUUUGGGGCAGCGUGUGCUGUGAAGAAUGGGAACGCCGAGUGCGUGUGCCAGCAGGCGUGCUCAGGCCUCUAUGAUCCUGUGUGUGGCAGCGAUGGUGUCACGUACGGCAGCACUUGCGAACUGGAGGCCACAGCCUGUGCCCUUGGGCAGGAGAUCCGGGUGGCUCGCAGAGGACCCUGUGACCGCUGUGGGCAGUGCCGCUUUGGAGCCCUGUGCGAGGCUGAGACUGGGCGCUGUGUGUGCCCCUCUGAGUGCGUGGCCUUGGCCCAGCCCGUGUGCGGCUCUGACGGGCACACGUAUGGCAGUGAGUGUGAGCUGCACGUCCACGCCUGCACACACCAGAUCAGCCUGCAUGUGGCCUCGGCUGGACCUUGCCACACCUGUGGAGACACGGUGUGUGCCUUCGGGGCAGUGUGCUUGGCGGGGCAGUGUGUCUGCCCCCGGUGUGAGCGCCCCCCACCUGGCCCCGUGUGUGGCAGCGACGGUGUCACCUACCCCAGUGCAUGCGAGCUACGUGAGGCUGCCUGCCAGCAACAGACACAGAUCGAGGAGGCCCGGGUGGGGCCCUGUGAGCAGGCCGAGUGCGGCUCAGGGGGCUCCGGGUCCGGAGAGGACAGCGAGUGUGAGCAGGAGCUGUGUCGGCAGCGCGGUGGCGUCUGGGAUGAGGACUCAGAGGACGGGCCAUGUGUGUGCGAUUUCAGCUGCCAGGGUGUCCUGAGAAACCCGGUGUGUGGCUCAGACGGGGUCACCUAUGGCACAGAGUGCGAGCUGAAGAAGGCCCGCUGUGAGGCGCGGGCGGAGCUGUACGUGGCAGCUCAGGGAGCCUGCCGAGGCCCCACCUUGGCCCCAGUGCCACCUGCGGUUCCCCUGCACUGCACCCAGACCCCCUACGGCUGCUGCCAGGAUAACAUCACUGCUGCCCGGGGUGUGGGCCUCGCUGGCUGCCCCAGCUUGUGCCAGUGCAAUGCACACGGCUCCUACAGUGGCAGCUGUGACCCGGCCACAGGCCAGUGUUCCUGCCGCCCCGGUGUGGGCGGCCUCAAGUGUGACCGCUGUGAGCCCGGCUUCUGGAACUUCCGUGGCAUCGUCACCGAUGGCCGGAGUGGCUGCACCCCCUGCAGCUGUGACCCCCGAGGUGCUGUGAGGGACGACUGUGAGCAGAUGACCGGGCUAUGCUCCUGUAAGCCUGGCGUGGCUGGACCCAAGUGUGGCCAGUGUCCAGACGGCCGUGCCUUGGGCCCUGCUGGCUGUGAGACAGAUUCCUCGGCACCAAAGACCUGUGCUGAGAUGCGCUGUGAGUUUGGGGCAUCCUGCGUGGAGGAGGCUGGCUCCGCCCACUGCGUGUGCUCAACACCCACCUGCCCUGGGGCCAAUGCUACGAAGGUCUGUGGGUCAGAUGGAGUCACCUACGGCAACGAGUGUCAGCUGAGGACCAUCGCCUGCCGCCAAGGCCGGAACAUCUCUAUCCAGAGCCUCGGCCCGUGCCAGGAGGCUGUGGUCCCCGGUGCCCACCCCACAUCUGUGUCUGUGGCCACCUCGGCAAGCAACUUGAGGGAGGCACUGCUGCCCCCGCCCAGCGCCCUCCCCCUGGCUCCCAGCAGUACCGUCCGCAGCCGACCCACCCCCCGCCCCUCGUCACAACCUUGGACCACUGCCAGCAUCCCCCGGGCCACCCGGAGGCCUGUGCUGACCAUGCCCCCCACAGCGCCCCCCGUAGCAGCUAGCCUCGCCACGUCUGCCUUUGGUGAAUCUGGCAGCGCUGAUGGGAGCGGUGAUGAAGAGCUGAGUGGGGACAUGGAGGCCAGUGGGGCCGGCUCAGGGGGACUUGAGCCCCCUGAGGGCGGCAGUGCUGUGACCCCUGGGCAACCCAUUGAGAGGGCUUCCUGCUACAACUCACCUUUGGGCUGCUGCUCGGAUGGCAAGACGCCCUUGCUGGAUGCUGAGGGCUCCAGCUGUCCUGCCACCAAGGCAUUCCAGGGUGUGCUGGAGCUUGAGGGGGUCGAGGGGCAGGAGCUGUUCUACACACCUGAGAUGGCCGACCCCAAGUCAGAGCUGUUUGGGGAGACAGCCAGGAGCAUCGAGAGUGCGCUGGAGGACCUCUUCCGGAACUCAGACGUUAAGAAGGACUUCUGGAGUGUCCGUCUGCGGGACUUGGGGCCUGGCAGCUCAGUCCGGGCCAUUGUGGACGUGCACUUUGAUCCCACCACAACCUUCAGGGCACCCGAUGUGGGCCGGGCCCUGCUCCGGCAGAUCCAGGCUUCCAGGCGCCGGUCCCUGGGGAUAAGGCGGCCCCCGCAGGAGCACGUGCGCUUCAUGGACUUUGACUGGUUUCCUGCAUUCUUCACUGGAGCCACCACAGGAGCCACCCCUGCCGCGGCCAUGGCCAGAGCCACCACCACUGUGCCGCCUUCUGCUGUGACCCUUCGGGCCCUCUACCCCAUUCACACAAGCCGGCCUGUCAGCAGGACCACAGCCCCCCCCACCACACGCCGGCCCCCAACCACUGCCCCCAGUCGUGUGCCUGGACGCUGGCCCCUGCGCCCAGGCACCCAGCAGCCCCCGAGGCCCUGUGACUCCCAGCCCUGCCUCCAUGGGGGAACCUGCCAGGACCAGGACUCAGGUGGAGACUUCACCUGCAGCUGCCCAGCUGGCAGGGGGGGCACGGUCUGUGAGAACGUCCUGCGCCGCUCCGUGCCGGCCUUCAGGGGCCGGUCCUUCCUGGCCUUCCCCACCCUCCGCGCCUACCACACGCUGCGCCUGGCGCUGGAGUUCCGCUCGCUAGAGCCGCAUGGGCUGCUGCUUUACAACGGCAACGCGAGGGGCAAGGACUUCCUGGCCCUGGCGCUACUGGGGGGCCACGUGCAGCUCAGAUUUGACACAGGUUCGGGGCCUGCGGUGCUGACCAGCACAGUGCGCAUCCAGCCCGGCCGGUGGCAUCGUCUGGAGCUGUCUAGGCACUGGCGUCAGGGUACGCUCUCAGUGGACGGUGAGACCCCUGUCCUGGGCCAGAGCCCCAGUGGCACUGACGGCCUCAACCUGGACACAGACCUCUUUGUGGGCGGCGUCCCAGAGGACCAGGCUACGGCGGUGCUUGAGCGGACUUCUGUCAGCGCUGGCCUCAGGGGCUGCAUCCGCCUGCUGGACAUCAACAACCAGAGGUUGGAGCUCAGCAGCUGGGAGGGGGCCGUGGCCAGAAGCUCCAGCGUGGGCGAGUGCGGGGACCACCCCUGCCUGCCCAGCCCCUGCCUUGGCGGGGCCACGUGCGAGGCUCUGGAGGCAGGCAUGUUCCACUGUCAGUGCCCACCUGGCCGCUUCGGCCCAACCUGUGCCGAUGAGAAGAACCCCUGUCACCCGAACCCCUGCCAUGGGGCAGCCCCAUGCCGAGUGCUGCCUGGGGGUGAGGCCAAGUGUGAGUGUCCCCUGGGACGAGGCGGCACUCUCUGCCAAACAGUCUCAGAAGGGAAUGAUGACCGGCCCUUCCUGGCUGACUUCAACGGCUUCUCCUACCUGGAGCUCAGAGGCCUGCACACUUUUGAGCGGGACCUGGGGGAGAAGAUGGAGCUGGAGGUGGUGUUCCUGGCCCGGGGCCCCAGCGGCCUACUCCUCUACAACGGGCAGAAGACAGACGGCAGGGGAGACUUUGUGUCGCUGGCGCUGCGUGACCACCACCUGGAGUUCCGUUAUGACCUGGGCAAGGGGGCAGCAGUAAUCAGGAGCGAGGAGCCGGUGGCCCUGGGCACCUGGACCAGCGUGUCACUGGAGCGGAAUGGCCGCAAGGGCGCCAUGCGCGUCGGCAGCGGGCCCCGUGUGCUGGGGGAGUCCCCGAAAUCCCGAAAGGUGCCACACACUGUCCUCAACCUGAAGGAACCGCUCUACGUGGGGGGGGCCCCUGACUUCAGCAAGCUGGCCCGGGCAGCCACUGUGUCCUCUGGCUUCGACGGUGCCAUCCAGCUGGUCUCUCUGAAAGGCCACCAGCUGCUGACCCAGGAGCACGUGGUGCGGGCGGUGGAUGUCUCAUCCUUUGCAGACCACCCUUGUACCCAGGCCUCAGGCCACCCUUGCCUCAAUGGAGCCUCCUGUCUCCCUCGGGAGGCCUCCUACGAGUGCCUGUGUCCUGAGGGCUUCUUGGGUCUGCACUGUGAGAAGGGGCUGAUCGAGAAGUCAGCAGGGGACCUGGACACACUGGCCUUUGAUGGACGGACCUACGUCGAGUACCUCAACGCCGUGACUGAGAGCGAACUGACCAAUGAGAUCCCAGCCCCCGAAGGUCCAGGUUCCGGGGCCCUUCGCAGCGAGAAGGCGCUGCAGAGUGACCACUUCGAGCUGAGCUUGCGCACCGAGGCCACGCAGGGGCUGCUGCUGUGGAGCGGCAAGGCCACGGAACGGGCUGACUACAUGGCACUGGCCAUCGUGGAUGGACGCCUGCAGCUGACCUAUGAUCUGGGCUCCCAGCCCGUGGUGCUGCGCUCCACUGUGCCUGUCAACACCAACCGCUGGCUGCGGGUCAGGGCGCACAGGGAGCAGAGGGAAGGUUCCCUUCAAGUGGGCAAUGAGGCCCCUGUGACUGGCUCUUCCCCGCUGGGCGCCACACAGCUGGACACAGACGGAGCCCUGUGGCUGGGAGGCCUGGAGAAGCUGCCAGUGGGCCAGGCCCUGCCGAAAGCCUACAGCACGGGCUUCGUGGGCUGCCUGCGGGAUGUGGUGGUGGGGCGGCGGCCACUGCACCUGCUGGAGGACGCGGUUACCAAACCAGAGCUUCGGCCCUGUCCUGCCCCGUGAGCCUCACUACAGCCCACCGCUCACCCUGCUGUAAUUAUUUUCUAUUUUUGUAAACUUGUUGCUUUUUUGAAAUGAUUUUCUUGCCUGUGUUUUGGCCGGAGGGACUCCUGGCCCAUCCACCCUCCCACCCAGGCAGGCGAGCUGCAGAGACAAACUCGGUGCCAAGGGACUCACAAGGUUGAUAUGGCUACAUGGAGGGCUUGGCUCAGACGGCGGCCUCAGGACACACCCCUCCACCCUGGGCCACCGUGUCCCAGCCCUCGUACUGUGCUUCCCCGUGUAUCCACCUGUGCUGAGCUGUUGUGUUCUCCGGCCUGUCAGCAGACUCCCCAUACACAUCACCCAUGCUGCACCUGGUGAGGCCUGCGUCCCCACAGUGGGAAGCUUAGCUCCGACUGAGCCGGUCCUCGUCCUGCGUGUGCUGUGAACGGGCCAGCCUCGCCAGGAGUAGCCCUGAGCCUCGCUGGCCCCUCCUGGGCCCCCUGUGCCAAUACUGUGACUAAGAAAAGACAUUACUGUUGGGGACACAUUGCGCCACCUCCCAACUGUGUCCAACAGUCCCAGGGUGCUGGAGAGCAGAGGCCAGGCCCAGGCCUGCUCCAGGAGCUCUGGCCCUCAGCUGGCCCUGCCCAUCCGCCCAUCCACCCUGGACAUGACUGUAUUUCCUCUGACACCUCAGACCCCGCGAAGAACCCCAAGAGGGAGCGGGCCACUGUGUGGUACGGUUGACGUCCAUUGCCUGCUUGCCUGGGCAGCCAGCACCCUGUCUCAAGGACUGAUGUCCAGGCCUGACUACCAGCCAGAGUUCUUCAUGCAUUGAUUUUAUUUGACAUCUGUGCCAGUGACCUCUUUCCCGUCCUUGCCUGAGAGCACUGAGGACACUGCACACCAAGCCCUGACUUCACUUCUGGUGUGAGCGGUGGUUGUCCUUGUCCAAGAAUGACCAGGGGCUAUUCGGGUGUCUGACCAAGGCCAAGGAUUGGGUGCAGGGGUGGCAGAGAUGGCUGUGAAGCCAGAAAAGCCUUAAACUGCAACAUUGCAUCUCAUGCCAACCCACCUCACCCCACCCACCCGCCCUUGUACUGGAGGCAGUCGCAGUCCCUACUCCCACAGCUGUGGCUGGGAUAUGAGGCCCAGGAACUGAAGGGAGCCCCAUGUGUCACAUUACUAACUCCAAUCUAUAUGUGUGUCAAUCACCAUGAAAUAAAGUCUGAACAUGUUGGAA